AUGGCAUCUCCCCUAGCGCAACAAGCCAUGGAACCCAGCAGCAGCGGGCCUGUGGACCCCGCGACCGCUGCAGCUGCCCGCCGUGACCCUGGCGAUGACGUCACCGAGAAGCGAGCGAGGGCGGCGCAAACCAUCCAGAAAUUCUGGAUUCUAGAGGACAUAUCGUGGCUAUCGCACACGGCGGGCACUUCGCGGACUAGAUCUCUCUGCGUCGACAUCGCGAUGGAAAGAUGUAUGGCUUUCUCACGAAUUCCCACUUCCCACGCUCAAUUAGGAUUCCUGCUAAACAUCUUGUUCUCAUUCGGACAGGCCGUGAAAGAAGCGGAAUGGCGACAGCUCCACCGCCCAUCUGCGCCAGCACAAGACCUUGAUAGUACCGCGAACGCACGCCGUAAUUGGCUCCGCGCUGUCAGUGUAGCGAAGCGCGCUGGAGGCGACGAUGACGAUGAUCUCGAGUCGAAGACAGCUACGACCAAUAACCACACGGGCGAUAAUGGUUCGGUGACAGACUCUUCGCCCACUAUUCUCCAUCAUGAUCUUCCAGCAGGCACUACGGCCAAGAUGAUGGAUUUGCAAUACUUUCUGGAAAUGGUGGACUUGAAACACCGACAUGGGAGUAAUUUGCGGGUCUAUCAUAUAUAUUGGAAGAAUUCGCCCACGAAUCAGAACUUCUUUUAUUGGUUGGACUAUGGGGAGGGGAGUGAGUUGGACCUGCCGCAGUGUCCGAGAGAGAAGUUGGAGAGGCAGCAGGUAAGGUAUUUGUCGCGAGAGGAACGGAUGAAUUAUCUGGUUGAAGUGGAUGAAGCGGGGAAGUUUCGGUGGGCGAAGAAUGGGGAGCUUAUCUGGACUGAUAAUGCCCGGUUCAAAGAUAGUCUGAGGGGGGUGGUGCCUGUCGAGGAGGACGCGCCGAGGUUUAGGGGGAAUACGGACGCUGGGAGUCCGGUCGUUUCGUUUUCGAGUGAUUCGUUAGCUGAGUCGUCGGAGUCAUCGUCGGGGUAUAGCUCGCUUAGUGAUAAUGAGGAUAUUUUGGGGCAGAAAGAGAAGGAUGAUUAUAAGGCGACAAAGGUGGGACAGAAGUUGGUGCAUGUCAGUCCCGGGACGAUCCUCAAGACCCUGAAGGGGAAAUCGUCGAAGAAGGAGGAUAUGUGGAUCUUUGUUGCUGAUACUACAUUCCGGCUAUUUGUUGGCAUCAAAGAGUCCGGGGCCUUUCAGCACUCUUCAUUUCUUCGAGGUGCUCGCAUUGCAGCCGCUGGGUUGAUCAAGAUAAGAAAUGGACAGCUACGUAGUUUAGCACCUCUGAGUGGCCAUUAUCGUCCCCCUGCGGCGAACUUCCGGGCCUUCAUCCAUUCGCUGCAAGACCAAGGGGUCGACAUGUCACACGUCUCAAUCAGCAAGUCAUAUGCUGUCUUGGCAGGUAUAGAAGGGUACACCCGAGCGAAGCGAAAGGUGCGCGCAUUGCAAGAGAAGGUGGACGGUGCAAAGCACAGACUGCACCAGAGUCGGCACGAGGGAGGCGAAACCCAUCAACGCGGCGAGAGUACCAUCAAUAAGGAUGAAACGAAUGACGUGGCCGAGCAGGCUACUCCUGUGGGAGGCAACACUCAUACAAAAAGGAGCUUCGACCUGCCAUUCCGUCAAAAGCCGAUAUGA